AUGAGAAGAGUCCUUCAGAUCCUCCUGCUACUCUUAUCAUUGGAUCAGAGUCAGUCUAGUCCUGGCUGCAGCUUCCAGGGUUGGCCAAUGGAUUCCUUUACACAGUUUGGGGACAUCCUGAUUGGGGCGGUUUUUGUGGUUCACUCUGGAUUUGUCUUUCAAGCACCGGCCUUCCAAGAGAGGCCAAAGCCAGUUUCUUGUAUGGGGUUCUACGUUCGUUACUAUCGGGAUGUUCUGGGCCUCAUGUUUGCAGUAGAUGAAAUUAAUAAUUCUCCAGAGCUGCUGCCUAACACCACUCUUGGCUUCAGCCUGCUGGAUUCCUGUAUGUCGGAGCUCCGGGCAGUGGGAGGACUUCUGUCCCUGCUGUCAGGACUUGGAAACCCCUUUCCUGGAUAUGGUUGCCAUACAUCAUCUGUCAUGGUUGGGAUUAUAGCUGAACGCUUUUCUGCCUUAUCUCUUCCUAUUGCCCAAAUACUUGGUGCCCUCCAUUACCCACAGAUCAGUCACGGGGCGACCCUCUCAGCCCUCAGCAAUAAAAUUAAUUUCCCGUCUUUUUUCCGCACCAUGCCCAGUAACCUUGUUCAGAAUGUUGCUCUCUCUCAGCUGAUUGGCCAGUUUGGUUGGACUUGGGUUGGAAUGUUGGUGGUGGAUAACGACGUUGGGCAGCGGGGGGCCCAGGUUAUACAAGCCGGGAUAGAGAGAAAUGGAGGCUGUAUUGCUUUUUUGGAGAAGAUACAUCUGAGUUAUUCUGCCACGCAGAUCAAGAGAGUGGUGGAUGUCAUCAAAGGAAGCUCCAUUACUGUGAUUGUUCUCCACAGUCCUGAGGUCCAUAUGAAGGCCCUGCUUGAUGCCAUGUUUGAUAAUGGGGAAACUGGGAAAGUUUUUAUCUCUUCAGCUUCCUUUGGACUCACUCCAGGGCUCUUUUCCAAAAAAGCCUGGAAAGUUCUAAAUGGGACAAUUGGACUUAUUCCUCGUACUGGCACCAUGCCAGGGUUUGUUAAAUAUCUCCUAAACCUUCAUCCGAAUGGCAGUUCAUUGUAUCCAUUCAUUAGGCUUCUCUGGGAAAAUACUUUUAAUUGCCACUGGCAUGUUGGUGCUACCGAUGAUGAUAGGUCCUCUGUCAUGCAGGAAGAUGUGACUUGCACUGGGAAAGAAGAGUUUGGAAACCAAAUUUCCCAGAUGUUUGAGACAAAUGACCUCAGUUUCACUUAUCACACCUACCUGGCUGUGUACGCCUAUGCACAUGCUCUGCAUUCACUGCUUGGCUGCCCAAUUGGGUCAAAGAGCUUUUUUAACAGCAGAAAGUGUGCAAAUAUUAAUGAUGCCCAACCACAGAAGGUGCUCCGUUACCUCAAGAAAACCAAUUUCCAGACAAAGUCCGGGGAGGUGAUGAAGUUUAAUUCUGAGGGGGACCUUCCAGCAUCAUAUGACAUCAUGAACGUCCAGAUCCUCAACAACAGCUUCAAACUAGUGAAAGUGGGGAAGAUUGACCCUGAGGCCAAACUGGAGGAGAAGAUCAGUCUGAACAUUAGCGCCAUCCUGUGGAAUGAUCACUUUUUACAGGUCCCAGUCUCCAUCUGCAGUAAUAGCUGUUUGCCUGGGUACAGGAAAGCCCCUCUACAAGGAAGACCCAUCUGCUGCUAUGACUGCAUCCCCUGCUCUGAGGGAGAGAUGACCAAUCACACAGAUGCUGCAGAGUGUACCAGAUGUUCCUCCAAUCAGUGGUCCAAUGGGGAGAGAGACAAGUGUAUUCCGAAAGCUCUAGAGUUCCUAUCAUAUGAUGAACCAUUGGGAAUCAUGCUGGUGAUAAUGUCUGUUAUGCUGUCACUCCUCACCGUAUGCAUCUUAUUCACUUUCAUCAGAUAUCAGGACACACCCAUCAUCAAAGCCACCAAUAGGGAGCUGAGCUACAUCCUGCUGGUGUCUCUUAUUUUCUGCUUCCUCUGCUGUCUGGUAUUUAUUGGCCAACCAUCCAAUUUCAGUUGUCUCCUGAGACAAACCUUCUUCAUUGUGGCCUUCUCCAUUAGUAUCUCCUCAGUUUUGGCCAAGACUAUCAUGGUGAUCUUUGCCUUUAAAGCUACCAGACUAAAUAGUCCUUUGAGGAAAUGGUUGGGCCCCAUCCUCCCCUGUAACGUUAUAGGAUUUUGUUUAGUUUUUCAGAUAAGCAUUUGCUUAUUUUGGCUAUACUGGUCCCCUCCUUUCCUAAUGCUAAACACCCUAAACCAUAAGAUAAUAUAUGAGUGUAAUGAAGGGCAGAAGGUAUUUUUCUAUAUGACUCUGGGGUUCAUGGGUUUUCUGGCCAUGGUAAGUUUCCUAGUAGCUUUCCUGGCAAGGAACCUCCCAGGAAGCUUCAACGAGGCCAAACUGAUCACUUUCAGCAUGCUGGUCUUCUGUUGCGUCUGGAUCUCCUUCAUUCCGGCCUAUCUGAGCACCAGUGGCAAGUACACUGUGGCUGUUCAGAUAUUCGCUAUGUUGGCCUCCAGUGCUGGACUGCUGUGCUGUAUAUUCCUACCGAAAUGUUAUAUUAUCUUGCUGAGACCAGAGCAGAACAAUCGAAAGUUCUUAUCAGAAGGUAAAAAGAUGAGGAAUUUUGACUAA